AUGUUGCAAGCAAUUCUUAUUGAUGAUCCAACUAUCGUUGAAAUGAGAGGUGAUAAUAAAACCACACUGUUGAUACAAGCUGCACUUUACAACAAUCCAUUAAUAGUGAAGUGUUUGAUUGAUGCUGGUGGUGAUGUGUAUGCUGUGAAUGUAUAUGAACAUAAUGCAUAUCACUACGGUGCAUAUUAUGGUCAUCAUGGUGUUUUAAAUGUUUUAAUUAAUCACGAUGUCACAAGCAUUAACAACGUAGACAAUGACAAUGACACACCAUUACAUGAUGCAUCUUAUAAUAGUUAUACUGAAUGUUUGAAAUUGUUGUUGUCUGUACCAAAUAUCGAUGUGGAUAUACGAAACAUUUAUGGUCAAACUGCUUAUGAUGUUGCUUGUAAUGGCACUAUCAAACGUUUAUUACAAGAACAUCGAAUGAAUAAUAACUAA